AUGGAGAACACUGCGGAGGGUGGCAAGAACCUCCAAGUCAUGGCAGCACACGGUGAAGGCUCCGUGCAGGAUUUCGCCACACUCUUACUGAUCGGGGCAUGCGACGAACCAGAGAACCACUGCCGUGACGUCCACGACCCUGUCGUCUCUGGUCUCAACACAUCUGUGGCGUUUGGCUUCCUGAACCUGAUCCUGUGGGGAGGAAACCUGUGGUUCGUGUUCAAAGAGACCGGCUGGAUGGCAGCCUUCAGAGGCACGUAUGCAUCUUCCCAGGAGAAGGCGCCUGCUCCAGAGUCCUUUGGUCAGGAAGGCUAUGGGCAAGAGGGCUACGCACAACAGGGGGACGCCUAUGCCGGCACCCAGGGAGGCUACCAGCCUGACUAUGGCCAGGGCGGAUACACCGAGGGAGGCGGAGACUAUCAGCAGGGGGGAUACCAAUCAGAUGUGAGCUGGUCCCCCCUACAGCAUUUGGUAGCUGGUGAGUGCCAGUACAUAUGUUGGAGCAACACUGAGAAUACCGAGGUAAUCGACUGAGAAAUACUGUAUUAAUGUUACUCUUCCAAAGGGAAUACAGACUAUGUGGAUUUAUGUAUACAUUAGUUGUAAUUGAUCUCUCUCUCUCUCUCUCGCUCUCUCCCUCCCUCCCUGUGAUUUGGGAGUGUGGCGCCUGACCACCAUCCACAAUUCCACACUCCUCUGUUUGUGCGUGCAUCUGUGAGUUGACAAGAGGGAUGGAAGAUGCAAUAAAAUGCAAAUUAUGUGUAUCAAAUACUUGUUCUUUCCACUGUAAGUGUUAGAGCAUAUUAUGUAAUAUGAUGUAUGUUUGGCUCAUCAUAAUGUGACAGCACAGAGCAGCUCCGAUAUAUUUCACACAAAUCACACAGAAAGUAAAUGUGCUACAAUAAUCGGGUUGGCCUACCCGCUGUACUGCCAAUCCUCUGUUUGGAUAGAAGAAAAACUGUAUUGCCAAAUGAUAACAGGACAGGUGCGUAUUGAGCGAUAUAUUUUGCUUCUAUAGUUAUCAUCACAAUGGAAACUGAUAUUGUUUUUCAUUCAUAUUAUUCCAUUAUGCAGUUUUGUAUUCAUUCCUUUAAUUAUUUUUUUAUCAAAUCAAAUCAAAUUUAUUUAUAUAGCCCUUCGUACAUCAGCUGAUAUCUCAAAGUGCUGUACAGAAACCCAGCCUAAAACCCCAAACAGCAAGCAAUGCAGGUGUAAAAGCAUGGUGGCUAGGAAAAACUCCCUAGAAAGGCCAAAACCUAGGAAGAAACCUAGAGAGGAACCAGGCUAUGUGGGGUGGCUAGUCCUCUUCUGGCUGUGCCGAGUAGAGAUUAUAACAGAACAUAGCCAAGAUGUUCAAAUGUUCAUAAAUGACCAGCAUGGUCGAAUAAUAAUAAGGCAGAACAGUUGAAACUGGAGCAGCAGCACAGUCAGGUGGACUGGGGACAGCAAGGAGUCAUCAUGUCAGGUAGUCCUGGGGCACGGUCCUAGGGCUCAGGUCCUCCGAGAGAGAGAAAGAAAGAGAGAAUUAGAGAGAGCAUCUGUGGGGUGGCCAGUCCUCUUCUGGCUGUGCCGGGUGGAGAUUAUAACAGAACAUGGCCAAGAUGUUCAAAUGUUCAUAAAUGACCAGCAUGGUCGAAUAAUAGUAAGGCAGAACGGUUGAAACUGGAGCAGCAGCAUGGCCAGGUGGACUGGGGACAGCAAGGAGUCAUCAUGUCAGGUAGUCCUGGGGCACGGUCCUAGGGCUCAGGUCCUCCGAGAGAGAGAAAGAAAGAGAGAAUUAGAGAGAGCAUCUGUGGGGUGGCCAGUCCUCUUCUGGCUGUGCCGGGUGGAGAUUAUAACAGAACAUGGCCAAGAUGUUCAAAUGUUCAUAAAUGACCAGCAUGGUCGAAUAAUAAUAAGGCAGAACAGUUGAAACUGGAGCAGCAGCACAGUCAGGUGGACUGGGGACAGCAAGGAGUCAUCAUGUCAGGUAGUCCUGGGGCACGGUCCUAGGGCUCAGGUCCUCCGAGAGAGAGAAAGAAAGAGAGAAUUAGAGAGAGCAUCUGUGGGGUGGCCAGUCCUCUUCUGGCUGUGCCGGGUGGAGAUUAUAACAGAACAUGGCCAAGAUGUUCAAAUGUUCAUAAAUGACCAGCAUGGUCGAAUAAUAGUAAGGCAGAACGGUUGAAACUGGAGCAGCAGCAUGGCCAGGUGGACUGGGGACAGCAAGGAGUCAUCAUGUCAGGUAGUCCUGGGGCAUGGUCCUAGGGCUCAGGUCCUCCGAGAGAGAGAAAGAAAGAGAGAAGGAGAGAAUUAGAGAACGCACACUUAGAUUCACACAGGAGACCGAAUAGGACAGGAGAAGUACUCCAGAUAUAACAAACUGACCCUAGCCCCCCGACACAUACACUACUGCAGCAUAAAUACUGGAGGCUGAGACAGGAGGGGUCAGGAGACACUGUGGCCCCAUCCGAGGACACCCCCGGACAGGGCCAAACAUGAAGGAUAUAACCCCACCCACUUUGCCAAAGCACAGCCCCCACACCACUAGAGGGAUAUCUUCAACCACCAACUUACCAUCCUGAGACAAGGCUGAGUAUAGCCCACAAAGAUCUCCGUCACGGCACAACCCAAGG